UCAUCUCGUCCUGCAGGAAUAGAGCCCGUUCCUCCGCCGCUGCAGCCCUGACUCCGACACAAGCGGCAUAUCUGCGAACUGAGAGCCCCGCAAUCCCUCCUUCAAGACGCACCACUCCGUGCUCCUCUCUCUCGUCGCCGAAGCCGAAGACAAGAGGCUCGUUAUCACACUGCGACGAGGCUUUUUGUUCUUCUUCCAUUUGGAGGGACAGAGACUUAAAGAAGGAUCAAAACAAAAAAGGACUGUCCCCCGAUAACCUCACCACCGAAGGAAGAGAACACGGAACUGCUUCAUCAUGAAUUUUGUAAUGAAAGCCGCGAUGGGAGGAGGUCCUCCCGAUGUGGGCAAGAUGCUGGGCGGGGAGGAGAAGGAGGAGGACCCCGACGCAGCCAAGAAAGAGGAGGAGCGACAGGAGGCGCUCAGGCAGCAGGAGGAGGAGAGGAAGGCCAAAUAUUCCAAGAUGGAGGCUGAGAGGGAAAGCAUGAGGCAAGGGAUCAGAGACAAGUAUGGCUUGAAAAAGCGCGAAGAGGCCGAGGCCGAGGCAGCGGCCGCCGCAGAGGAGUCCGCGGAGGGCAGCUUGACCCGACCCAAGAAAGCCGUGCCGGCCGGCUGCGGCGACGAGGAGGAGGAGGAGAGCAUCAUGGACACAGUGAUGAAGUACCUGCCGGGCCCGCUGCAGGACAUGCUGAAGAAGUAGGCUAGCUGGGUUAGCUAACGGCUGACGUCACCUGGCUUAGUCCAUAGGCCACAUUCACAAAGCUGCUUCAGAUCCGGUUGAGUUGCACCCAUGUGACAGAUGUGAACGUUGCUUUGUAAGUAAGGUUCAUGGUGGGGAAAUGAAUCCCAUGUGAAGCAGCAGUGUGAGUGGCAGCCGUUAGACUAAAGCUGGCCAGGUGAACGUCGGCCAUGUUCCACCAACGAAGCUAACGCCAAGCAGAGGGGCUGAAAACACAACGUAGGGUCGCUUAGCCUUCCACCCGGAGACGUUUUAAACUCCUUUUUUUCUCCUCUGCGGAGCUCUCUAUCAGCACUGAAAAAUAAUCCCGUCGUCCACCGUGCUGUUCACUCAAUUUGUACAUAAAUUAAUACAUAACAAGCCUGAAGGUGGACAAACAAUCAUUAAAUAUUAUAUAAAAUUAUUAUAUUGUGUGUCUGUCUCAACAAAAAAAAGGUGUGAUAACUUGAUAAGCCAUAUUUUAAAAAGGAAAUUUAAAGACUACUUGUUGUGUGCUCCUAAAGCAGCUGUUUUGUGUUGGACCAUGUCUGUUUGCACACAGUGUUACACGUCCUCUGUCAGAUAUAACGUCCAUCUCUCUUACACACUAGUGUGAUAACAUUCAUGAAGUGUGGUCUUUAAUGUCCGUAUCCCCCUUGUUGAGUGCGUCUCCUUCUUACGUCUUGCAUGCCAUUUGUCUGGACACGUUUGGUGUGUGAAUAUCUACAAACUCUUCCCCACCCCCCCCCCCACCCACCCCUUUUAUCCUCUUCUUUAUCAUGCAAAAAAUAUUAAGGCAAUAACUCCUAAGUUUAAAUGUGUGUAUUCACUUCCAUGCAGAUAUAAUUGUUAAUAUUAGUAAUGACGAAAACUAUAUGUAGGCAUUCAGGAAAUUUCAUUUACAGGUUUGCAGGGUUUUCUUUUAUGUUGUCUUGUUGUUUUUCCAAUAAAGAAUGACCGUGCAGCCGUUCAAACAACAGCCAAAACCUUAAGCUUUCAGCCAUAAAACCAGAUACAACUAUAUAUAUAUAUAUAUAUAUAUAUAUAUAUAUAUAGUCAUACACUAUUACUAUCAGGAUCAAUAAAAAGGAGAGUAUACUGAAUGAAUAUGUAUGAAUAAAGAGGAAACAUGAGUUUUAUAAUAAGCAGUAUAAACUUGAAGGUAGAGACCACCCUCCCUCUAUACACACACACACACACACACACACACACACACACACACACACACACACACACACACACACACACACACACACACACACACACACACACACACACACACACACACACACACACACACACACACACACACACACACACACACACACACACACACACACACACACACACACACACAGAGUUUGGCUACUGGUUCAGUUACACAGAAAAUCCAGUCACAAAGUGAUGCUUGACUCCUCGUCUUUUUGUUGGUUCGGAUGCGAGAAUGAGCCGCUGAGCGCGGCACAGGAUGCCAUUGAGCAAUAAAGGAUUAUCAUGUAUGUUUCUGCCUGAGAUUCAAUAAAAACUUAAAACCUA